CUUACCAGAGGGUGCUCGAGUAAAGCUUGUAUAAUUAGCCCUCUGGUGAGACUGAAACCGAAUAUAAUCCGGAAGAGUCCAUGGGAUUCUAAAAUUACCCAAUCCGUUUCAUUUGCUGCGGGACUAUUUUCUCAUCGUGAUUCGACAGCAUGAUGAUCAUAUGGAGGGACUCUUUGGCGAUUUAAUAGUAGUUUCGGGAGUGUUUAUACAGUUAUAUAAAACGUUUGUUUUGAUAAACUUUAUGCUGAAUAAUGGCAGAAUCAAGUCUUGACGAUUUUUUUGCCAAGAAGGACAAGAGUAAAAAGAAAAAUAAAUCAAAAAUUACCCCUGGUGACAUUUUGUCACAACAGGAAAAAGAACUAGGUUCAAAGAAAGAGAAAAGAAAGAAGAAAAAAGAGGGCGAAACUUCACAGCCAUCUGGUUCAGGAGCCGAGGGCCAAACAAAGAAGUUAGAGGAGGACGAUGAAUGGGUUGAUUUUGAGCAAGAAACAGAAAAAGACUACACUGGACUGAGAAUUCAAAACCUCCAGAUCAAUAAAGAAAAGUCGGAGCAAGAGGAAGAAGGCAAUGAGAAUGAAAAUGACGAUGAGUGUGAUGAAAAUGGAGAGAAGAGGGAAGGUGCACAAGGCCCCUGGAAUGUAAGUCAGGGGCAGACAACUCAACAACCAGCACCUCAGGCUGCAGCUGCUCCACCUCCUGUCGAGGAAAGUAAAUCGGACACAACUCCCGCCCGCACCACCGGCAAGUACAUCCCCCCCUCGCUGAGGGCAGGCAUGAGUGCCAGUUCGAGUUCGGCAGAUUCCCCUGUAAAACCUGUGCCCCGGCGUAAAAGAGUGGCUCCUAAUUUACACAGCGAGGAAGACUUCCCUACUUUGGGAGGAGGACCCACUCCUGCUGAGCUCAGUGAAUUAAGUGGCUCAUCCUUUAACAAAGUACAGUCAGGCGGUAAAAAUGUGGAGGAUCCAAGCAAGGUACAGCAGUCCUUGACCCUGGGAAACAAAUUUUCCGCUCUACAGGACUAAUAGACUACAUGUAUUAAAGAGGCCCAUUGUAGAGAUCAUCAUCUGCUUCUCUUAGAUGUUUUUUUUUUUCAAAUAUAGCAAGAGGGAGGAAGAUAAAUAAUGUAUUGAAGUGAAUAGGUGAAAGUAGUUUAAUAACUGUGUUAAGAUUUCAACCACUUGUGCGUUUUAAAUGAUUACUGUGUUAUGUACAGGUAUUAUUAUGUCAUUGUGUGCCAAGUAAAGAAUGAGUGGUGAUAGUCAAAUGUUCUUGUUACAUCUGCAGAGUUGUUGACUCAUAUUUACCAUUGUUUGCUCUCUUCUAUGCAUAGAAUAAGCUGUGGUUUGUAAGAACUUAUAUCAAAUAGGUAGGGUUUUUUUCUUCUUCUAUUGAAAUUUGAAUUUCAUGUUGAAAAAUUAUUAAUAGAUUCUUUCUGAGAGUAUGCUAUUUCCCUUCAUCAGCAUAUAGUGGCAUUGUUGCUUCCCUGUAAAAAUUAUUCUUAUCUUAAUGUGGUUAUAUUGCCCCAUAAUGGAGCAGUUUUAGCAGACAUGAUGGACAUCUAAUUAUUGGUGUCCUUUGCCAGAUAUUGUCCCAUCAUUUGUUUGUGUUGAGGACGACUUUCUUGUAUGUUAUUUGAUUCUGCUUUUUGUCAGAGCACUUUUAUAAAAAUGAUGCAAAAGUUAAAAAGUAAUGAAUUUUAAAACUUAAAGUGCUAUGUUUUCAAAUUCAUUUAGACUACAUUACCUUUAGAUUAACUUGAUGGUACUUUUGCAUGCGUCUCACAAAGUUGAUAAUUAUACACAUUUCAUUUUUUUUAGCAUGUUUUAUUUUGUUAUGCAAUAGUUAGAUGGUAAAAUGCACAUUUUACUUCGUAAGUUUCAUACCGAAAUCCACACCAAACAAAUUGCAACAAAGUUGCAGCUUGUAGUAAUAGGCAUUAUGAUUUUUUUUUUAUGGAUUUCAUACAGCUUGAUUGUUUUAGUGCAUGUGUAACAGUGUUGUGUCAGCUGGGAAAAGUAUCAAGUAGUAGUACUAAUGAUACAUACUGCAGAUAAAUGCAUGAGAUUUAUUUCCUUGUGCCUGUCAGUAUACAAUCCUUAGACCAUCCUUCAAUAUUAUAUAUAUGUAUAAUUAUAUAUACAUUGUGUAUACACACACACACACACACAUGGUUUCCAUUUCGCAGAGGAAAAUAACGCCAUGUUGAAGUUCUAUGGCCUAUUGUUGUUAUACAUCAUUGUUUAUAUUCGUGUUGAUAGGGGAAAUGAUUUUUAUGUAUAAUGGCCUUCAGUGAAUUUAUCUAGAUACACUUCAUUUGUUGUUUGAGAUGUGACAUACGACGGAGAAAAGUUUUUAAACCAGAUUCAGUGAUCUUGAUUGUCAGCACUUUUCAUAUGUUAGAAAUUAUUUGAUGAUACAUAAUGAGAUCAUGUGUAAUUUCUGAAUUGAUGUAUCUUAGUUUUCACAUGUUCUAUAUUUCUGCAACAACCAUCAAUGAAAAAUGAUGUUUACAUUUGGAUGAAUCUUGUACAUGCAAUAUUUGCCAAAUUUGUCUUUAUUUUAAAUUUGAGUGUCAUGAAAAAACAUUGUAUUAGAAUAGAAAGCAUUUUGGAUUAUAGUUUUUAAAAAAAAUUAUAUGGGUGAUUUUAGAUGACAAUGUAAUUACUUUGUUUCUUUCAAUAAACUGGUCUAAUUCAA